AUGGCCUACAACGUCAACGUACCUUUUGGAAUGGCAGACUUGCCUACUCUUCCUCUUCAUCCUACUGUCAACUCCACUACAAAGAAGGGGAUGAACUCAUCAGAGGGGAAGGAAAAGCCUACUCCUGGGAGUAUGAGCGCCAACUCCAACCCCAACAACACACCCGCAACCAGCAAAGAAAAAGAAAAAGAAAAGGAGAAGGAGAAAGACAAAGACAAAGAAACUCCCCACAUCUAUGACUUUACAAAACGUAAAGGCUGGAGUGGCCUCCUUCUCUCCCAGCUCAGCGGGACGAUUCAGUUCGUCUUCUCUCCCCGGGGGAACGUCGUCUUUGUCAGUGGGUGCGUGAGGGAGUACCUGGGUUGGGAGGCGGAGGAAGUCGUGGAAAGAAAUUUGGUCCAUUUGUUGCAUCAAGACGACAUCCAGCCCUUUUUCGCCCACAUCCACCACGCGAUCACCACCCGGUCCGAGCUGGCAGCCUACACCCGCUUUAGGGCAAAAGACGACCGGACGCCGUUGUUUGAGGUCAGGGGACAUCCGUAUUUUAUGGGGCUGAAGGAGGGGGAGGGCGCUAGUGUGGGCGCGGGAGAAGAGGGCAGUGGGACGACAGGCACGGGAGCGGCGGGAGGUGGGGCGGGGACAGGCACGGGAGGAGGGGAGUAUGCGGGAUAUCAGUGUUUUUUUGCAAUGGCUAGACCGUACCCUUCCAAGCCGGCGGCUCUCCUUGACUCCUUCCUCGACCUCAAAAUAGAAAACGAACACCUCAGACAACGGCUCGCUUCCCUCUCUUCCCCCACUACCAGCAACAACAGUACCAGCAGGGAACGGCCGUAUAACGCUCUUUACCUCGAGCCGGGUGGAGUUUCUGCGGGGGUGAAACGGGAUGAGCCCCCUACUGGGUUGGAAGGGGAACGCAAGCGGGUAAAGAGGACUACCAACUCCUCCAACCCCAACCCCAGCAACCCCAACAUCAGUACCCACACCAAUACCCACAGCACCGCCGACAGAGAAAAACAGAAAACGUACGUAUGCGUCAUGUGCGGCCGUACCGAUUCCCCAGAAUGGAGAAAAGGACCCUUGGGGGCGAAGACGCUGUGUAACGCUUGUGGCUUGAGGUGGGCGAAGAGGAAUUCGAGGAGGAAGAAUGAGGAGCCUGGCGUGGGGGAGGAGGAGGGCACAUCGAGCGCACUUCCAAGCACAGCCCCGGGCGGGGAAAGCGUGCUUUUUGCUCCUGUUCCCCCGGCUGGAGGAGAGCUGGGUGGCGCGGGGGCGGGGGCGGGGCAGGGAGUGGGAGUGGGGGAAGGGUGA